CGAAGAUGUGGCCAUGGGGUGCCUGCUGCCCAAUUCAGAUCGUCAAGCCACUUACCAAGAUCCGACAAGUGCGGUCACUAUCGAUGACCCCGUAAAUCCUGUUGUCAUCGCCGAGCAUUUAUCUCUCAGAGACUGCGAACUCGUGACCAUACAUUUUCAGGAUUGCCUCAAGUUGUUAUGUCUUGACCAGUGGCAGAGUGUCUUCUACGUCGACGAGCAAAUCGACUAUGCUGCAGCAUGGAGAAGCGUCCCCGUAGACUUAUCGCCGAAACGAUUGCAAACGCUGUUCCUCGAGCUUUCUUCCGAGUACUUAAAGGCCAGAAAGAUACAAUCUCCACAGUUUCCGGUGACCUGA